GCCCUGGCUUCCGAGUUCUCAGAAUUAUUUUUGUUGGAAAAUAGGGGCUGAAUAUUUUGCGGGUACAGCCAACGUCACGAAAAAGCCCAGAAUCAAAACCCGCCGCCGCUGCUCUUGCUUAAUCUCAGAGUGCUGAUCUAGUCAGAGACAUGGAAGGAAUAGUAGAGAUGGAGGUAGAAGAAGAUUCUGCUCUUAUCUCUAACUCUUUCAAUCGCGUCGGACUGAAAAACUUCAUCCAAACUAAUUUUGGAGACGAUUACGUUUUCGAAAUCGUUCCCAAGGGAGAUUGGACGUCAAUGGCGGUUUCAUUGUCGACAAAUACGGUGAAAUUUUACUGUCCUGUGAGUGGGCAGUAUUUUGGGGAGUGCAAGGGUCACUCUUCAACGAUUAAUCACAUUUCCUUCGCGAACAGCCCUUCAGUUUCGCAUCUUCUGCAUUCAUGUUCUUCAGAUGGUACUAUCAGAGCUUGGGACACCAGAACAUUCCAACAGGUAUCCUGUAUUUAUGCUGGGCCUUCUAAAGAGUUAUUCAGCUUCUCAUUUGGUGGAGCUUCAGAUAAUCUUGUUGCAGCGGGGUGCAACUCUCAGAUACUUUUCUGGGAUUGGAGGACCCAAAAACAGGUCGCGUGCUUGGAUGAGUCGCAUAUGGAAGAUGUUACUCAAGUUAAGUUUAUUCCAGGCCACCAAAACAAGCUUCUUUCUGGUUCUGUUGAUGGAUUAAUGUGCUUAUUUGAUACUAGUGGGGAAAUCAAUGAUGAUGAUCAUUUGGCCUCAGUGUUCAAUGUUGGGACAUCAAUUGGAAAAGUAGGAUUUUUUGGACAAAAAAAUCAGAAACUUUGGUGUUUAACUCAUAUUGAAACUUUAAGUGUGUGGGACUGGCAGAAUGAAAAGGUUGAAGCAACAUUUGAGGAUGCCCGCUCAUUGGCCUCCAAAAACUGGAUUCUUGAUGAGGAGGUGGACUAUUUUGUAGAUUGCCACUACUCGGCUGAGGAAGAUAGAUUGUGGGCCAUAGGUGGGACAAACGCUGGCACAUUAGGAUACUUUCCCAUAGAUUACAAAGGGGCACACCCAAUCGGGCCACCAGACAUGGUUUUACAAGGCGGCCAUGGAGGUGUUGUUAGGAGUGUGGUGCCAAUGUUGGCAAGAUUGCCUACCAAUGGCAGCAGGAUCACCCAAAAUAAUGGCAUCUUUGGAUGGAGUGGAGGUGAAGACGGUCGCCUAUGUUGUUGGCUAUCUGAUAAAUCUGCUGAUACAAACAAAUCAUGGAUCACAAGCACUCUAGUUCUGAAAUCCCCAAAGCCACACUUGAUAAAGAGGCAUUCUCCUUAUUAGGCAGACAUCUUAUGUUGUAAAGUACAUUGUAGUCUAUACGAAGUAUUUAUUAUGCAACGCUCAUUCUCAAUUUCUCUUGGUAGAAAAAUGCAUUAGUGAAACAACCCAAUUGCAUUGGAAUUGGAAACCUUCAGUCAGGUCCAUUUUUAGGAAGCCAGAACUUGACCAUGUUUAACCAUCCAACAAGUCAAUAACGUGACUAUUGACUUAUGAAAAAUGCUAUAUUACAAUUUGCUUGGUG